CUGGCAUUCUUGAACCUCAGCGCCACCCGUAGUCUCUGACAACACAAUGAUGGCUGCUUCCACAGGCAGUAAGAAAGGACAGGAACUCUCCAAGGCUGAGUACCUAAAACGUUAUUUAUCAGCCGACGAUGAUUCCCUGAAAUCUAAAGGAAAGGCAAAAAAGAAGCGGCGAAAGGUUCCCGAGAAGGGACUUAAAAUAGUGGACGAUGACAUAGAUUGGAAACAGAUGGUCACACAGCAGACGGAGAUUGAGGAAGAGGAUGAAGAAGAAGCUCCAGUGGUAAGAUGACGUUAGCUAGCUACCUGGCUAACCUGUCCAUUCAUUCAGUUGAAAUGAUUACGGAAACAUAUGCUAUAUACGCUCCUGUAUAUGAGGGGUUCUUUUAAACAAUAAAAAUGCGCCUGAUGAUUUGAGACACCACUGGUCAGAGGGCCCGGUGGCGCCAGUGUCCGGUGUUCCAGAUCUACUGGCGUUUAGAUCAACUGGCGUUGGUCGAACAGAUGUGUGGCAGUCUU